CUAGCAGACCCGUCUUCAUUUCGUCGUUGCUACCCCCUAGAUUGUCUGAUGCAAAUUCGCUCUCUCUUCCUGGCUCUCGCAGCCUUCUCUAACGCAUUGGUGUCCGUGACCGCCUUCCCUUCUAUGAGGACGGGAACCGCGCCAACACAUGACCAGGUCAAGCGCGGCCUGCAGGCGAUGACGUCGGACCCCAAUCUGAUUGCGCAAAUACGUUCCAUCUGGGCCAGCCAGCAGGAAGACCUUCGCCGUUGGAAGGUGGAGGGCAAGCGCGACGUCGUUGGCUCGCUCCUAAACGACACGAUCGAUGCUAUCAUCGGUCCAGAGGACGGCAUUCUCGCGGGGCUUGCGAACAGCUUCGCCGCUCAGGUUGACGGGCUCAAGCGGUUCCCCGAGGACGAUCAUCCCUUCCAGUGGCCCUCUGACACUGACCAGCGUGGUCCAUGUCCAGGUUUGAACACGCUCGCAAAUCACGGGUACAUCUCAAGAAAUGGCAUAGUUACAGCCGGCGAGGUCAUAGCCGGUACCGCUGAGCUGUUCAACAUGGGUGUCGAUGUUGCUGCUUUCCUCCUCGCUGGUUCCGUUGCUCUCGAUGGCGACAUACCUACCCUCAGGUUUUCCAUCGGUGGGGCGGAUGGUCGCACCAACAGCCUCGGAAAGCUGGGUGGUCUUCUCGGAACCGAAACCGGCCUUGAUGGUCACGGUCGCUUCAACGAGGGCGAUCUCAUCCCUCAUUCUGCCAGAUGUGACUUCUAUCUCUGCGACGGCGACAAUCAUAACAUGCAACCCGAGCUCUUUGCGCAAAUGCGCGAACAAGCGAAGGCGCAUGGAAAUCAGUACAACGUGAGGGCCAUGGCGAAACAUUUCUACUCGCGUUACCAAGACAGCGUCACCAAUAACCCCAACUUCUACUUCGUACCACCAAGUGCGAUCGUCGUCGUCGGUGCGACCUACUUCAUCCCUGCCUUCUUCAGCAACGCCACCAUCGGCGCCGGAGGAGUCGCGAAUGAGGCCAGUAUUGCUUCAUUCGAGGGCGCGCACUUCAAUUCGGAUGGUACCAUCACCUACGUACCGGAACGAAUUCCUCCUCAGGGCUGGUAUCGCCGUGGUGUCCCUAUGACCCUCGUCGAGCUCAUCGCUGGCUUCCUCGCCGUCUAUGGUCCGAAUCCAGUACUCUUCGACCUCAACGGCCUGGGUUGCUUCCUCUACAAUGCUCUCUACGCCGAUUUCUUCGGCGAAUUCUACAAUAUUGUCGGCGCCGUCGAGGGCGGCGUCAACGCACUCCUCGGCCUUCUGGACCCCGCACUUUCCGAUUUCAUCGGCUGCACGCCCAACUUCCCGGACGAGACGGACCCGAACUCGUAUGGCGGCGCCUUGUCCUAUAUUAAGGCAACCAGUGGUGCACCUGGAGCGCCGAAGUCUGCCCCGUGUCAGCUUGGCCCUAAUAGCGAGUGCGUCUCCGAAUCGAACUCAUAUGGGAUGUCGGAGAGUGACUAUGUUGGUAACCGGUACGAGUUCACCGGUACUGAGGAUGCGUCGGGAAACCCUUUGCCUUCAGGCGCUGGCAAAUGCGGGGAAUACGCUCGCCUGCCCUCCUCCUAUUUCAUGAGAGACGCUGGCAUCUCGAUCAAGCCAGACGAUUCCUUCUACGGUGGUUUCGGAGAUGUCUACCGCGGCAGCGACAAGCUUGAGCGCAAACUCGCAAUCAAGCGUCUUCGAUGGCACAUGGCCCCUGACCCGGAGAGUCGCAAACGACUGAAAUUCUGCAUGGAAGCAGUGCUGUGGUAA